CUGCACUUGCCACAACCACAAACGUCAAACGUCAACUUGUCAAAUACCCUAACCUAAUUAUGUGACAAAAAAUAAUAAUAAAUAAAGAGGAAAUAACAAUAAUAAACCAUAAAAUGGACAAACCAGCUGACCUCGACGGUAAAUACCAAAAACUAGCCGCAGAAUAUUCAAAAGUGAGAUCACAAGCGACAGUACUCAAAAAAGCGCUUUUAGACGAGCAGGCAAAAAACAAUGAAUUAAAGGACACGGUAAAAAAGCACGAGCAGAAAGUACGGAAACAUGAUCAAGAAAUGGAAAGUCUGACUUUUCGAAAUGAGCAACUCACAAAACGGAUUUCGGUUUUACAGCAGGAACUCCAAGUGAACAGUCAUGCAAAGAAAAGCAAAAAUAAAAAUGCAGAAAGUAUAAUUCAGUCUGAUACAAGUGUCUUGAAUGAAGAAUUUCAUAAAAAAAUUCUCGAAAAUGCGGAACUAGUCAGCAGUAUGGCUGAUAAAGACUACGAACUAAGCGACUGCAAGGAGCGGAUAGCGUGGUUAGAGAAAAAAUUAAAUAAUGUUGAAAAGGAACUUCAAGAAAAAGAAUCAAAAUAUUUGGAUGAAAUAACAAAACUCAAGAAAGGCAAAUUUGAAGCUGAGAAAAAAUUAGAAGAAGUCCAGCGUGCAGAUUUAUUGAACCAUGAAGUUCCAUUAAAUAAACCCAGUGAUGAGCAAAAGGAAAUAAUUUUUUGGAAAGAAGAGGCAGAGAGGUGGCGUUCAGAAUGUGAGGUGCUUCGGUCUAAACCUCAGUCAAAUGAACAGUUAACAGAAUAUUAUGAAUCUCAAUUAAGAGAAAUAUUGGAGACAAAACAAGCAGCUGUGGCAGAAACUAAGACCUUAUGGGGCGAAAAUGUAGCCUUAUAUUCACAAUUAGACCAUCUAUUAGUGGUAAAUAAGGACCUAGAAAAUAGUUUGGAGAAAAGUAAUGAAGAGCUAUUAACUACUAUAGAAAAUUAUAAAAGUCAACUAGAUGCAAUGACUGAACAUUUAGCCGCCCAAAAUGAUAAAAUUACAAAGCAGUGUGAUGAAAUUCAAGCACUGAAACAUAAAAUUGCAAGUAAAAAAUGAGCAAUUCCUAAGUAAAUAUAAAAAUAAUUUAUAUUAUGAACACUGUAUAAAAUGUAAGGAAAAUGCAAUUUAUUUAAGCUAGUUAUAUUUAUUUACAUAUUUGCAAAAAAGUUAAUAAACAAUGCACAAUAAAA